AUGGCUGUCGCAGUGCAAUCCGCCCCGAUCGGUCUCGAGACCAUGUCCGACAACAUUGACGCCGUUAACAUCCACAAGACGGACCUCAAGAAAGAGAGAGGCCUAUAUGACGAGUCAGAAUUUGACAAGGCCAAAGACAAGGCCGGAUUCCGUCAGUUCGAGGAUGCUUGUGAUCAAUUGAAGAACUUCUACGCCCAGCAGCACACGCUUCAGACAGUAGCGUACAACCUCAAAGCACGCAACGACUUCAAAACCCAGACUCGUGCUCAUAUGACUGUCUGGGAAGCAAUGGAGAAGCUGAAUACUUUCAUUGACGAAUGUGACCCCGACACUGACGAGUCCCAAAUGACCCACCUGCUGCAGUCAGCGGAAGCGAUCCGCAAUGAAGGAAAGCCUCGAUGGAUGCAAUUGGUCGGGCUUAUUCAUGACCUUGGAAAGCUCUUGUUUUUCUUCGGAGCCAAAGGACAGUGGGAUGUUGUUGGUGACACCUUCGCAGUCGGCUGUGCCUUUGACGAUAGAAUCAUCUUCGGCAACAAGUCCUUCAAGGAUAACGAGGAUUAUAACAACGAGAUCUACAGCACAAAGUACGGAAUCUAUUCUCCUGGCUGUGGAUUGGAGAAUGUCAUGCUUUGCUGGGGCCACGAUGAAUACCUUUAUCAUAUUGUCAAAGACCAAUCCACCAUUCCUGAAGAGGGCCUAGCAAUGAUUCGGUACCACUCGUUCUAUCCGUGGCACAGAGAGGGUGCAUACCAUGAGUUUAUGAAUGAGCAUGACCACAAGAUGCUCGAAGCCGUGAGGGCAUUCAACCCAUAUGAUUUGUAUAGCAAGAGCGACGAAAAGCCCGAUCCGGAGAAGCUUAAGCCUUACUAUAUGGAACUCAUUGAUGAAUUCUUCCCCACAAAGGUUAUCAGGUGGUAG